AUGGAUAAGUUGCCAAGGCGCUGCUUCAAAUCUCCCGUCAACAACAGAUCAAAAUCUGCUGUGUCGAGAGUUAUGGGAAGGAGAAAAGUGCAGAAAACUGAGAGGAAAUCCAGAGGACAACCUCGGUGCGACUUGACUGCUUCAAGACUGGAUCUAGCAGUUUCGGUUCAGCCAGCGAGUGAUGUAUAUAACGAAAGUGAAAUCCAGCAGUGGCGUGAGGCGCGCAAGAAUAAUUUUCCUACCAGAGCUAACAUUGAGAAGAAGCUGAAGUCAGAAAGUGCAAACAAGGAAGAGAUGGAUUCACUUGCUAAAAUACGCCGGCAGCGGAAGAGAGCCCGGUUACAACGCAAUAAGCGAAAUGCCAAAAGGCUAAAGCUCAAGAAUGAGACAGCCCCUGCUGACGAACCAGUCGUUAAGAAAAGGGAACCAACCCUUCUGCGGAAGCUUCUGAAUGCCGAUAUAAGGCGAGAUAAGAGCCAGUUGUUGCAAGCUUUCAGAUUCAUGGUGUUGAAUUCUUUCUUCAAGAGUGUGCCUGAUAAGCCUCUGGUGUUCCCAAUAAUCACAGCUAAAAAUGCUCAGCCUGAAUCAGAGAAGAGACCAUUGGAUUCUGAUACUAAUUUCAGAGCGGAGAAUGGAAAUGCUGAAGAGGUUGAGAGGGAAAAAAAUUCAGCUUUGGUUGGAGCAGUACAGAGUGAAGGUGAUGAAGAUAAUGAUAGCGAUGGUGUUAGUGAUGUAGUAUAUGAACCUAAUGGUGAGGAUGUCAUCUCGCAUGGUGGUGAGAAAUCUGAGGAAGGAGAGAUUACUGAUUAACAGGGAGAAUCCAGUUUUCCAAGCUUAUUAAGCAUUACUUGACUAUCAUUAAAGCUUGAAAAGGGCAAAGCAGCAAUUUUAGGGGAAGUUGUCUCUUCUUUUUUUUUUUUGUAAUUUAUGUUCAUUAUCAGAAAUUGGAAUUUAUUUUGGCCUUUUUUUUAUCCCUUUUCUUAAUUACAUUUGAACUGAGCCUUCUAGGUAUGAAUACAUAAUGUUUUGAUGAUUGCUAUGGUCAUCAGAAAUAUUAUUGAAGGUCAAUUUUGUGCAGUUUGUUCGCAUUUGUAUUACUCUAAAUUUGUUCCGAAGUAGUGUUGCAGAAGAACCAAUCUAAGCCCAGGCUAUUCCAUUUUU